UCGCGGCAGGGACACACCCGGGGGAGGAGCUGCCAGACCGGCCACCAGCUGGAUCUCGCCUUUCCGCUCCUCUGCCCAGAGCCCGACAUGGCCCAGGAGCUUCCCGCCGGCGCCCUGGAGCCGGAGCACGUCCAGCGGCUGCUGCUCUCCUGCCAGCAGGCCAAGAAGGCCGCCUACUGCCCCUACAGCCGCUUCCCCGUGGGCGCCGCCCUCCUCACGCGGGAGGGGAGGAUCUUCUCCGGCUGCAACGUAGAAAAUGCCUGCUACUCGCUGGGCAUCUGUGCUGAGCGGACCGCUAUCCAGAAGGCCAUCUCAGAAGGGUACAAGGAUUUCAAGGCAAUUGCUAUUGCCAGUGACUUGCAAGAAGAUUUUAUCUCGCCGUGUGGGGCCUGCAGGCAAGUCAUGAGAGAGUUUGGCACCGACUGGGCCGUCUACCUGACCAAGCCGGAUGGCACAUAUGUCGUUAGGACCGUCCAGGAGCUGCUGCCCACCUCCUUUGGGCCUGAGGACCUGCAGAAGAGGCGGUGAAGGCCAGAGAACACCCACCACGUUGGAGAGCCUGGGUCCCCACGGGCACUUCAGGAGAGGUCUCCCACGGACCUCCAUGAAGAUGUUCUCACAGACCUGGGGACCCCAUCCAUGUGGAGCCCCAACCUUAUAGGGCAGGGAUGACUUUUCCAAAUUACACUCAAGCACCAUGGUUUUAUACUGAAUAGAUCAAAGAGUCUUCACCCCAGCAUGGACCAGAGCCACCGCCCCCAGCCACCCACCUUCCCUCCCUGAGCUCAGGGUGCCCCAUCCCUUCCCUUCCUUCCUGUGGGUCCUCUUUAAAAUUCCAGCCAAGUCUGGCUGCCUCCCCAUCGGCUUUCCCACGGUUCCAACCUGUUCCAAGUGACUUUUCUAAUUAUAAACCUCACAGAACAUCCGGAUUUGGAAGACAGCGUUUCACUCUUUGUCUUGCUCAUUGCUUACAGCGCUUGGAAGGGGCAGGGUGAUUUGUCUUUCUGGAGAGGCAUGGACACUUCCCACUGGGAGAGGAAACGGGUGUCUUGAACUUGCAUACCCCUCGGUGUGGAGAGCUGAGUUCUGAGGCUUCUUGCCCCUGCGUUCUCCAGACGAGGGCCCCUAGGCCAGGCCUGGCAGCCAGCAGCCAUUUCUGGAGUCUGUUUUUGGCUCAGUUCUAGACCUGAGCACUGGAUGCCAUCCACCCACGUGGUCAUGUCUGGGGGAUUCUCAGACUACAGGGGAAGG